AUGAGCAGCGCGAUACUGGAGGGGAGGGAAAAGGAAUUAGAUGAGGCUCGGCAUGAAGGUCAGGCCAGCCGAACGAGCGGGUGUCGCAUGGAACCCCGGCGCAGGAUAGAGUGCCACCCACAAGGUAGUCACUCCCGACACUGCUUAAGCAGCGAAGAUCCAUACUGA